UACCGGCAGUUGACGUCAACAACCGUCAUCGAAUAAUCAGGACAGUGUCGCUUUGUGGACAACAACUCCCGUUGUUAGGACGGAAAGACAUAUCAGUAUAUCCAUACUCUUUGGAGAAAGUAGUCCGUGUUACAUUUGUCCUCCAUGAGUCGCCGUAACUUGACUAUAAAGAUUGCGUCAGCGGAAGUUCCACCCUCUUCAUCCCCUCUCUUGUAGGCUGUGCUUCAGUCCGCAAACACGGCAAGAUGCCACGCAAAAUUGAAGAAAUAAAAGAUUUCCUGCUUACAGCAAGAAGGAAGGAUGCCAAGUCCGUAAAGAUCAAGAAGAACAAGGAAAAUGUCAAGUUCAAGGUGCGUUGCAGCAGGUACCUGUACACCCUCGUCAUCACGGACAAGGAGAAGGCCGAGAAGCUGAAGCAGUCCCUGCCCCCAGGUCUGGCUGUGAAGGAGCUCAAGUAGAGGACCAUCUUUGUGUACAGUGAAUUGUAAUAAAAAGAGGAAAACCA